CAAAAAAUUCAACACACCAGCAGUGUGAGGAGACCUGAAAGUGGCACAUGGCAUGGCAGAGUGUGGCGAUGGAGACAGCAGCAAUGGGAGGCCGUACAGGGACCCAUGAGAGACUUUGGACUUGGCAGCAGCAUGAGGAGGCGGUAUAUAGGGGCCCAUGGCAGAUUAGGGGCCUGGCAGCAGCUAUGGGAGGCCCGUAAUCUGCCAGCACCCUAUGUCAAAAAAAUUCAACACACCAGCAGUGUGAGGAGACCUGAAAGUGGCACAUGGCAUGAGAGACUGUGGACCUGGCAGCAGCAUGAGGAGGCGGUAUAGGGGCCCAUGGCAGAUUAGGGGCCUGGCAGCAGCUAUG